AUGAGCUUUCAUUUUUCCCUUAUGAGGGCUUUCUAUUUUAGGCUACAAAAUAGGUCUCCAAAAUCGCUUUCCUUUUUCGUCGACCAGUUAGCUACUCAGAGGCUAAGGUCCCUUCUUGAUUUGAGGCUUAACCUUAGGGCUGGAGACUACUCUUCCCAUCUUCCACAUUUGUAUGUUAGGUUAAAGUGUUUUGCUCCAAUGUCUCGGAUAACUGAGUUGACCACAUCUAAGCCCUCUACUAGUUCUUCUUCAAUGGCCUCCCUUUUUGGGGAUGGCUCUGUCUAUGGAAGGUCUUUAAAGAAUAAAUGUGGUUUUCCUGAAGGAGUGCAGAUGCAUGCGCUGACUGGCGAUGAACGAUGUAUGGAUUCCUUCCCUAAUAAGGAUACUAAAGGAUCCGAACUCCUUGAGAAGGAAAAAGCCUUUGACCCCCAAAAAACUGAUGAUUCCCUACCUGUUGACCUGACUAAGGACCUUAAUGUUCUUGAGGUGGCCACAUGCUUGAGCUCCCUAGCCCUAACACUUCAUGUACUUAAGAAGCAACAGGAUGACAUGGAUGCUAAGGUGAGGUCGGCAAAUGAGAUUGUGAAUAGGUUGAAAAUUCAAUUGAACAUUGUCGAGGCCUCUGAGUUGACCCUGAAAAAUCAAAUCAAGGAGAUCAAGUCUGAUCUGGCUAUUGCCUUAAAGUCAGUUAAUAAGGUUAGAGAUAAGCAAGUCAAAGAACAACUCGAAGAGGCCACCAAGAAAUGA